GUCGGUUGCGGGUGCUUGCUCGGCAAGUCUUCUCAUCUGAUGCCAAACCCAGUGCUUGUCUCAAGUCAGCCAUGGAUAAACUCUGUGACCCAGUCAAGGGAACCAUUUGCCAUUGGUCAGAGCACAUAGUAAACAGCCUAGAGGACUCUGGUCCGCUCAGCAAUGACGUUACCGAGUUGUUGUUACCUGCUUGGCGAGACCUGGUGGUAGUGAUGGUAGCUAGGGCCAAGUCCUGGCUGGCCGACAAGCAGAAAGUAAGCAUAGCAAGUGACAUUCUGCACGCCCUAUUGAAUCAGCUGGAGAAAGAGUCCAUGGAUGAAAAGCUGGCUCUCCUCCUGGCCGAAUUGUACCUGGCUCUAGUCAAACAUUGUGGGAAAAACCUCAUCGAAAAAGAGGACUGCUUCAAGGGCGUGGGCAGACUGUUGGUCAAGGUGCAGGAGGCAGUAAUGACGACACCUACACACUCCCAGAUGCUCAUCCUUGGGGCAGCCCUCAGGAUGGUCAAGCUCACAGAACCAUCGGCACAGUCCCAAGGCCAAGCACUCGCACUUCUGGGCCCUGUGACGUGGCUGGUGCAGCAACAUGGGCGGCUGGCGGGCUCCUCUUCCUCCUCCUCCUCCUCCUCAGCGUCUUCCUGCACAACAGCUGCUACUUUGAGCCUGGCUGCAGCGCUCCUCCACCAGUGCCUGUUGCGCUGUGCCCCCGAUGGUGCGCGACCCUUCCUGGCCCACACGCCCGUUGUUCCAGCACUGCUGCAUGCCGUUGAGACCUACAUGCAGUGCGGUGAAGAAGAAGUAGUGGGGGAGCUGCUUCGGCUGCUGUCAACACUGUCCAGGGUCGCCGAGCUGUCCGAUGACCUUUCCACACAGACACUCUCGUCCACACUUACGCUCACGAUUCCCCCAUCUAAGACCGGCCUAUUGAGUGAGGUGGUGUGGGGUGUGGUGUGGGGCGUGCGUCGUGAGGGCGUUGGUGGUGUGGAGGGUGGCGUGAAUGUAGCAGCAGUUCACCUAGGGGCUCUGUGUGGGGCCCUUGGUGCACCCCACCGACAGCCUGCCCUUGCCCUCGCUAGCGCCGCCCUUGUGUCAGUACUGGCCCCCUAUGCCUCAAUGUGGAUUGUCACCCAUCCAGCCUCCUACUCGCAGCUCACUGCUGCCACUACGCGUUGCAUUCACAUCACGACACAACUGCUCCAUACACCCAGGGUUGUUGAGAUGGAGCUGAGUGGAGGAAGAAGCAGCAGCAGUAGCGGAGGGAGCACGGAGGCACCUGCCAUUGCACCGCAGAUAACAGCCGCCACGACUGAUGUCCUCAAUGGCAUGCUGCAGGUUGUGUGUGCGUGCUUGAGUGCCCUCAUUGCUCUAGGACCUGAUCUGACCGAUUUGCUCUGUGGACCUGGCAUUGACGUGGGUGCAUGGACAUUAUUCUUCCACCCUUCAUUCCGCCCUGUAACUGCCCUUGACCCGAAUGCUCAGCCCAGCUUGGCAUCUCUCACCUCUGUACUGGAUCUCUAUGACAGCCAUGCAUCAAAGGAGAGCCGAGGACUGUCACCAUGCCGUGGGGGAGCGCCAGAGGUUGGGCUGUGCAUACAAGUCUUAGCAGCAUCUGCAGAAAAGGCACUUCUGCUGCUACUCACCCAAGCCACACUGGCCCUCAUGCGGCCGGAAACACCCCCGAGGGAUAGCCUGCGUGUGCGCCAUGGCCUUGCUGAUGAGAUGAAUUCCUUCUUCACCCGAUGGCUAGGGAGGCGUCCAGCUGCGUCACCUCUUCCAAGCAGCAGUUCGACGGCCUCAGGGACCAGCUGCACUGCCCAGGUUGACCUCACGUACCUACGGCUUGCCCAGCAGCUGGUAGCGAGGCUUGCUUCCAAUAAGUGAUUUGCAAGUGUGCAUAGAUAUAUAUACAUGAUUCAUGCAUGUUUAGAUAAUAUUUUGACUUUAAAAAUGCGUCAGUGCACCGUGACAAGAGUGAGAGAAAUUAAUGGAUAAAAAGAUGAUGUGAUGUGAUGACUCUGAAGUUCAUUUUCUUUUGGACUUAAAUUUUUCAAUGAGAUAUUUUUAUGGUAUCUUAUAUCUUGUGUUGAGGAUGCAAGAUGGGGAUGAUUUGCAUUGUUAUUAUUAACUUUAUUAUUAUUGUUAGUAUCCUUAUGAUUUUUGUUUAUUAUUAUUAUAUAUAUUUUUAUAUGUAUUUUUUCUAUUAUUUUUCAAUGUUUUUUAUAAAAGUUUCCUAACCGGUUUCACAAGAAGUAAUCCCAGUCUUUCAGCCCAAUCAAUAUUUUCUAGUUUAUAUGUUGUAUUGUGGUUUCUGUUGCUUAGUGUGUUUUUGUACAUUUUAAUGAAAAUAUUGAAUAAAGUUAAAACAUUUUC